CUGGGGGGGAUCGAGCGCUUUUUUUUUUUUUUUUUCGCCUUCGCAGCAGCAUCCCGCAGGCUCCUCGUCCCUUACAGCAACCUAUGUGCUAUGUGCGACGUAGUGCGCACCUAGGGGCCCGGACUGAACGCGCGGCAGGCGCUGACCGCACAGCACUCUUCCCUCUCCUUCCGCAACCAAGUGAUUAGAAACACAGACCAGUGUUCUUGCACGACCUUUCUCACUCUCGUUGAUUGUCCCUCUGCACAGACAGAGUCCGAGAAUCGCGUCCCUGUUCCAUCCAACCCUCGAGCACGAGUCAUCUGAGUAUACCCUACGAUGCCGGCUGCAUUCCUUUUUUUUUACCUGAGCUACUACUUUAUGAGGCCCUUCCGCCGCCGCAACCUUCGCCCGUUCUUGAGCAGCAUGCCCACUAAGAAACAGGUGAGCAGGACAGACCGGUUCGGCCUACGGUCCCAUCUCACAAUAACCUGCGCAGGGCGAAAUGCAGGCCAGGAAACGCGAGCAAUUUCGCGUGUUCCGCCAGAUCGCUUAUAAACUGCCCCGGCACCUCGAGCAUGUGCGGUACCGGCCCCUGUGGCCCUCUCCGCUGCGACAUGAGCUCGACCCUUCGGAAGUGAUGGACCCGGAUGGCGAGCCCGAGGUUUCCGGAGCCGUCGACCAGCCAUCCGACUCUUCGUCCUCGAGCACCUCCUCCUCCUCGUCGUCGUCCUUCUGCCUGGACAUGGACGAGCCCGGGGUUCCUAAUGAGCUCAUCCUGGGCUGGAGCUCGUCGUCUUGCAGCGACUCCUCCAGCUCGAUCUCCGAUUACGACGAGCAGUCGGCCGAGCAAACCGAGACAGCCGAGCAAGCUGGGCAGGCCGAACAAUCUGGAUCGGACGGGUUGGCUGAGCCGGUCGAGCAAGCUCCGCCGGAAGAGCAAACUCUGAUUGCUGGUUCCGACGAUGCGGAUGACGGAUCCGACUAGGUGUGGGUGGCAGAGGUGGUGGAACCAGCAGACGGCAUGUCGAGCACAGAGACGACGGGUGCUGGAGGGCCGGCCGCGGCUCCCGCUGCAGCAGCAAGCGAUGUGUGGGAUGGCGCGGUCCUGGUGGAGAGGAAAGGCAGAAAAUAUCCGGACUGGAGGUAUUACAUUGAC